AAGUUAAGCAUAAUUCUGGUGUAAUUAGUUCCUUUGCACCUAACGUUGUGCGUAACUCUAGGGGACAAGGCAAGUGACACCGUCCUAUAAUAAUUCAUUAUGUAUAUCAUGUCCCCAUAACCGAGGCCUGCGUAAGUAAGGUAUAAUCCCGUGAUAAUGCAGCAAGAAAGGUAUAAUCCCGUGUUAAUUUUUGCACUAUAUAUAUAUACUCAAGAUCGAAUUCAGGAUCACAAAUCCCGUGUAGCUACCGGAGCUAGGUAGACACGCCACUCCACUUGGUUGCAGGAUGUCGUCGUCGUGGGUGGUGGAUGUCGACUGCCCUGAGCCGCAGGCGAAGGUGGAGGGAUGGGUGAUGGACAUGGAGAAGAAGCUCGAGGACGCGGAGCCGCCGGCGAAGGUGCUGAGAUGGCCGAAGCACUGCAUCUUCCGCGUCCCAAUGCGCUUCAAGAUGAAGACGGUUGAGGGCAUCGUGAGCAGCGUAUUCAAGCCGCAGACAGUGUCUCUCGGCCCAUUCCACCACGAUGACAAGGAGCUGAAACCCAUGGAGGAGCACAAGCUGAGAGCCGUCCGUCAUCUCCUCAGUCGGGACCAUGCUGGUCGGGCCAGCAAGCUGACCCUUGGCGGGCUCGUCGCCGCCGUGCAGAAGGUGGCCGACGAGCUGGAGGAUGCCUACAUGGACCUGGGCGACGAGUGGCGGGGUGAGAAGAGGGGCAAAUUCCUUGAGAUGAUGAUCACGGACGGCUGCUUCCUGCUGGAGGUGAUGAGGACUACUGCCGCAGGGAAGGAGUCCAUUCCCAAGGACUACGCUCAUGGCGACCCUGUCUUCAGCUGGUACGGCAUCCAGCACAUCAAGCCCUUCAUCCAGCGUGACAUGCUCAUGAUCGAGAACCAGCUGCCACUGAGGUUGCUCGAGACGAUCAUCGCCGUGGAGGACGGCACAUGUCCGAGCGCGGCUUCGAUAAACUCCAUGGUGCUCAAGUUCCUCGAAAGGGAAGAUGCCCCGGAAGGGACCGGCCUGGGACUCCACCCUCUUGACAUCUACCGGACGAGCCGACUCAAGGGCGCAAGUCAGAUCAAGAGUAACAAAAAGGUUCAUCACAGAGGCCUGCCGACGACACCGACAGCAAAGGAGGUCAGCGUCGUUCGCCCGGAGAGAGUGGUGCCCCGAUCUGCGUGGAAGUUGUCGGAGGCAGGAAUCCAGUUCCGGCCCAGCAAGACGAGCUACCUCGAUGACAUCCGGCUGCACAAUGGGAGGCUCUACAUGCCCAAGGUCGAGAUGGACGACUCCACCGCCUACAGGAUCCACAACAUGAUGGCGUUCGAGGCGAUGCACGUCAGCACUGGCAAUGACGUAACGGCGUACGUGUUGUUCGUCAAGGACCUCAUCAACUCUGCCGACGACGUGCAACUACUGGAGAGGAAGGGGAUCCUGGAGCACGACCUCGCUGACGACGACAACGCUGUGGUGAGGCUCUUCAACAGCCUCACCAGAGACGUGUCCAAGAAUUGGAAGAGUCAGCUGUCCCAGGUGCGUCAGGACGUGGAUCACCAUUACCGCAGCAACCAUUUGCGUGUCUUUCUCUAUGAGGCGUGGUCAAACCUCAAGAACAAGUACUUCAAGAGCCCGUGGACACUCCUCGCCCUUGUCACCGCAAUCCUGCUCGUCGUCGGAGAUAUCGUGCAGGCCGUGUAUGCAGUCAUAUCCUAUGAUCCUAACGAGAAGGGCAAGCCCAAAAUGAAUUAACCAGAUUGUGUGUGUGUGUGUUUUUUUGCAAAGAAUAAAAAGUGGAAGCAAACUUGAAGAGUUGUGCACAACUCAAGAAAAUAUAUCUCUCUCCCUCUUUCUCUCCCAUCGUGUGUUUGAGAUGCCAAAUAAUGUAUAUUCGUGUGUUUGAGAUGCCAAAUAAUGUAUAUUUAUGUGUGUGUUUUCUUUUUUUUCUAAAAGAAUCAAGCAAUGCACACAAUCAUCUGUUUAAUCAAACAUAGUGUAAAAAACGAGUACCAUCUCAAGUACGUAUACAAAAGUGAAAAAGUAUAAAAGCCGCCAUAACCGAUAAAAAUAGGACACAUAACCUAAAAACACCAAUGCAUCGUGACGACGUAAAGGGUGGAUGCUAAAGCGGUCAAGUGACGUAUCAAAGAUGACGCAUGUGGUAGUAACGUGGAUUAACUAACUUUGCUAGUUGUGCUAAUUAUCUGCCACCCCAUGAAGUUAAGCAUAAUGAUUAAUGGUACGUGGUUUCAGUUAACAUAAUCCUACUAUUUCCUUUUGGUAAAAGCCUAAAAGGUUGUGACUAGGUCUGACUUAACCAAGUUUCAUUCAAGUAACAUAACAUGUAAAAAGGAAAUAAGAAAAAAUUGAAAGAAAACUUUAUACGAAUCUCAAUGUAAGAUUUCAUGAAUAAAACAUCAACUAAGACAUAACGAAGUCUCAGUGGACUAAGAUUUAGCAAAACUGUUUGGUAAAACCUGAAUUGAUUGUAGUAGAAAAGAUCCUCCCGGCCAAUGCUUUCUGCAAAGCACACUAGCCUAAAUAACUCUGCCACCCCGCAGCCGGCCAGAAGUUAAGCACAUGAUAGUUUAAUUAAGUACAUUCACAUCUUGUGCCUAACCUAGGGGACAAGGCAAGUAAACAUAAUCCU